AAACAUUUUCCCCCCUCCGACGUAGGCAAAGUGGUCCAUCCCGCAGCCGAUUGGGCGAGUCCACCAACGGAAGCGGGGGGGUGAUAUAAAAGGAGGGAGGAGGAGGCGUGGCUACGCCCUCCCAUUGUGGAGUUGGUACAGCCCGGCGCCGCGUCUGGGAGCGAAGCGGGCGAAACCAAACGGAGGUAGAAGGGGGGGAAAUUGAUGAAAAGAGGCGGCGAGCAAAGAGAAGCGCAAAGAUGGCGUCGGCCGGGCCGGAGUCGGGGGGCAGUAGCAGCAGUGGAGGCGCCACAGGGGCACCAGGAACAGCGACGUUCAAGAAAUCACUUGAGGUGCCGGGCUCCUCGGGAUAUUCCUCGCAGACCAUCAAGAAGGGGCACCGAGGGGUGGAUUCUACGGGCGAAACGACCUACAAAAAGACCACUUCUUCGGCCCUCAAAGGUGCCAUCCAGUUGGGGAUCACCCACACGGUGGGCAGCCUGAGCACCAAGCCUGAGCGAGAUGUCCUCAUGCAAGAUUUCUACGUUGUCGAAAGCAUCUUCUUCCCCAGUGAAGGCAGCAACCUGACCCCAGCGCACCACUACAAUGAUUUCCGCUUCAAGACUUACGCCCCUGUCGCCUUCCGCUAUUUCCGUGAGCUCUUCGGGAUCCGGCCAGAUGACUACCUGUGCUCCCUCUGCAGUGAGCCCCUCAUCGAGCUCUCCAACUCGGGCGCCAGCGGCUCCAUCUUCUACGUCUCCAGCGACGACGAAUUCAUCAUCAAAACGGUUCAGCACAAAGAGGCCGAAUUCUUACAGAAGCUGCUGCCCGGUUACUAUAUGAACUUGAACCAAAACCCCCGGACCCUGCUGCCCAAGUUCUACGGCCUCUACUGCGUCCAGGCCGGGGGCAAAAACAUCCGGAUUGUGGUGAUGAACAACCUGCUUCCGCGCUCGGUCCGCAUGCACCAAAAGUACGACCUGAAGGGCUCCACCUACAAGCGCCGGGCCUCGCAAAAGGAGCGCGAGAAGGUCUUCCCCACCUUCAAGGACCUGGACUUCAUGCAGGACGUCCCCGAGGGGCUGUUCCUGGACGCCGACAUGUACAGCGCCAUGUGCAAGACCCUGCAGAGGGACUGCUUGGUUUUGCAGAGCUUCAAAAUCAUGGAUUACAGCUUGCUGGUGGCCGUCCACAACCUGGACCAGGCUCAUCGAGAACGGGCCGUAGUGGACGGGGCCUCGCAAGCGGACACUCGCCGGCCAGCGGCCCAGAAAGCCUUGUACUCGACGGCCAUGGAGUCCAUUCAGGGCGAGGCGAGGAGAGGCGGCACCAUCGAGACCGACGACCAGAUGGGAGGGAUUCCCGGACGGAACGCCAAAGGAGAGCGGCUGCUGAUCUACGUGGGGAUCAUAGACGUCCUGCAGUCGUAUAGGUUCAUUAAAAAGCUUGAGCAUUCGUGGAAAGCACUCGUUCACGACGGGGACACGGUGUCGGUCCACAGGCCCAGCUUCUAUGCAGAACGGUUUCAGCGCUUCAUGUGCAACGUGGUGUUCAAGAAGAUCCCUUUAAAGUCUUCUCCUUCAAAAAAAAGCCGGUCGGGCGCGGCUCCCCCUCGGCGGCCAGGCCAAGCCGGACCCCCUUCCCAGGCCCAAGGCUUAUGCGAAACCAAAGUGCAGGUCACGAUGGAAGCUGAUGUCGAGCCAGGUUCCCAGCUAGGCCGUCCCGACCUUCUCCCCCGGACUCCCCCCGUCGAGGAAGCCAACAGCGACUCCGCGGCCACCACUUUAUCCACCUCCUCUCUUGGGAGCCGGGGACACAAUUCACCAGCCAACAGUGCUUCUCCAGGACCCUCCGCACCAGGACGGACGUCUGAGCUGGCAGAGCAGUUUGAAGAUUUGCCGGAGACGGAGAUCAGUUUUUGAAUGAAUGAGGACUGGCUCCUUCCCCAGACCUCCUUUUCCUUGGAUACGAGCGGAAGACUUUCUCUGCAACAGAUCCACCACUGAUCCCCCCUCCGGUGGUUGAGACCUGAGACCUCAUCCAAUUGUGGUUUGGGCCCUGAACAGACGACAAGCCUCUGCCGCGUUACAUGGGGGGCUCCUUUGAGACCUCCCCACCAGGGCAGAGGAAGCCCAUUCCCCAAUUGUGUGGUGGGGGAGGCUUCGAGAGGCCCUGAUUCGCGGCCGGAAACCUACCAGAAGCGGCGCGUUCGAGCGGAGCUCGUGCCGACGCCGCAAACCGCCUCUUCAUUCCAAGUUUGCUCUGCUGGUUGGAUUUAACAGACAGGGUGAGGGUUUGGGGGGGGGGGGAAUCCUUGGUGUUGCAAAAGGUGAACAAUCUCUUUCCAUUUUGAAAAAGCAAUGUAUUUAAACCACUUCCCCAUUUCCCCCCACAAAUUGCCAUAUAUAUAUAUAUAUAUAUCAAGGUAUUAUAUUUUUAAGUUAACGAUCUUAGGUCAAGGUUUGGAAGCGACGCACCGCGAAGGGAAAAAGGCUGUACUUUUCCAACAUGAAUUAUUUUUUUUUGAAUAGUGUGGUUCUUAGC